AUGGAAGGAUCAUCUCGUCGAAAACGCAGCCGUGGGGAGAUGCUUUCACCAAAUUACAAGAUUGGUAAAACUCUUGGAUAUGGCGCCUUUGGUGAGGUGAAGCUUGCAGAGCAUAAACUGACAGCAAGGAGAGAAAUCAAAAUCUUGAAAAUGCUAAUGCAUCCUCAUAUUAUACGACUUUAUGAGGUUAUUGAAACAUCAACUGAUAUAUUUGUUGUGAUGGAGUAUGCCAAGUGUGGGGAACUCUUUGAAUAUAUUUUGGAGAAGGAAAGGUUACAGGAAGAUGAGGCACGCCUUUUUUUCCAGCAGACAAUUUCAGGUCUGGAAUAUUGCCACAGGAAUAAGGUUGUCCACAGAGACCUUAAGCCUGAGAAUUUACUGUUAGAUUCUAAACAAAAUGUGAAGAUUGCUGAUUUUGGGUUGAGCAAUAUAAUGCGAGAUGGUCAUUUUCUAAAGACAAAUUGUGGAAGUUAUAACUAUGCUGCCCCGGAGGUCCUUGCUAGGAAAUUGUAUGCUGGACCUGAAGUAGAUAUAUGGAGCUGCGGUGUUAUAUUGUAUGCUCUUCUUUGUGGUUCACUACCAUUUGAUGAUGAAAGCAUUCCCAAUCUCCUCAGGAAAAUAAAGGGUGGCAUAUACUCUAUUCCCCGCUAUUUGUCAUCUGGUGCAAGAGAUAUGAUCUCAAAGAUGCUUGUGGUCGAUCCAAUGAGAAGAAUGACCAUGCCUGAAAUUCGUCAGCACCCUUGGUUCCAAGAUUGCCUUCCACGCUAUUUGGUUGUGCCCCUGCCAGAUACUAUGCAACAAGCUAAAAAGAUUGAUGGAGAGAUUUUUCAGGAAGUUGUCAAGAUGGGAUUUGAUGGGAAAAAACUAACUGAAUCCAUUAAAAGCAGAAUGCAAAAUGAGGCUACCGUUGCAUACCAUUUGUUAUUGGACCAUCGAUUCUGUGAUUCUAAUGGCCAUCUAGGAGCUGAGAUCCAAAGAGCUCCGGAAAUUAAUCUCAGUUCUAUGCAUCCAGACGAACCUUCUUCAUCCACCAGGCACGAACUCCUUCCUGGAUAUACGGAUUAUCAAGGAAUGGGCUUACAAUCACAGGUUCCAGCUACUAGGAAAUGGGCUCUUGGACUUCAGUCUCAAGCUCACCCUCAUCAAAUAAUGAUAGUAGUUCUCAAAGCUCUGCAAGAACUGACUGUGUGUUGGAAGAAAAUUGGUGAUUACAAUAUGAAGUGCAGGUGGAUUCCUGGCACCCUUGAGACUCACAAAUUCCCGGUGGUGAACCACCCUGUUCGUAAUACUGUUUUCCUUGGGCAACCCUCCAUUGUUGAGAAAGAUGUAAUCAUUAACUCAUCAAAUGUGGUGAAGUUUGAAAUGCAGCUUUACAAAACUAAUGAGGAGAAAUACCUACUUGAUCUACAAAGGGUAGAGGGCCCUCAGUUACUCUUCUUGGAUCUUUGUGCAGCUUUCCUUGUACAGCUCAAGGUCCUCUAG